ACACUUUUGCGCACAAAAUUUAAAAAUAUGACCAAAAUAAAAGUGAAGCGUAUUGAACAAUAUUCCCUUUGGAUACUUUUAAGCAUGUUUGAAUAUGGUCGUGCACUGGAUAUAAUUGAUUGUCGUUUAGAUCGCAAGAAUAUUGUUGUGUAUCCUGGCAACAAAUGGGUAAAGAUAGGAAAGACUAUUGUGCAUUUCAUAAUAAUUAUUGCAUAUUGGGACGUUAUGCCAUCAGUUUAUUUUGAUUUCCAAACAACGCCAAGCAAUUUCCUGCGCUUAUUUUCGAUACAGCAAAUCAUUUCUGUGGCUAUAUUCAGCACGGCACUACUUAUUUUGAGAGUACGCGAUAAUAUGGAGUUAAUUAAAAUGAUAAAUCGAUUUAUAAAUCUAAAUAAAGGAAUUGCAGAAAUAACAAAUAAAAACACGUUAUUCUGUAAGCAGUUCUUGAUAUUGUCUUGUUUGAAAGGUAUCAUCACUAUAUUAGGUUACGUCAAUGAAUUGCCCACCCUUCUAGAUCUUGAAUCGCUAAAUUUAAACAAAUGGUUUAGUAUAACCAUUGGAGUCUUUCUAUGGCUCGGUUCUAUGUUUGUAUUAGAUGCCUGUUAUAUUGGAUUUUUAAUAAUGUCACUUAUGUACGGUAACUUGGGCAGCUAUUUGCAAACUAUUAUAACCAAUAUGAAAAGUAUUGAAUGUGGAAAUAAGUGCGGAACUUCGCUUUCAAAUUAUCAUCGUUUAAGAUUGGUAUGUGAUUAUUCAGAUAAGUUGGAUAGUAUUGAUCAAAUCUACAGCAGUCUAUACAGGAUCACCAAGGGAUUUGUUCACAUUUUUCAAUGGCCUGUUUUGUAUUACAUUUAUUACAAUUUUAUGGUAAUUUUCCUGUUGCUAAACCAUAGCAUUUGGCAAUAUAUUCGCGAUGGAUAUGUCGAUAUUAUAAAAAUAUUUAUGGUUAUAGUAAAAAUUUCAAACCUAGCAUUGAUUAUAAUGUGUGCGAAUCACGUCGUUGACAAAUCGGAGAUUCCAAACCAACUUAAUCUUGAUAUCGUCUGUUCAGACAUUGACAUGCGAUGGGACAUAAGUGUGGAAAGAUUUCUCAGCCAGCGUAAAGCAGAAAAUCUGGAAAUUAAUAUUUUAGGUUUUUUUACUCUGAAUAAUCAAUUUAUACUUUUAAUAUUAUCUGCGAUCAUUUCCUAUUUGUUCCUGAUAAUACAAUUCGGAAUGACUGGUGGAUUAUAA